GCUCGAGGAUUUAGUUAGACCACCGUCAGCGUGCGGAACCAGUAGGGUAACGUGACCAGAGAAGGAUAGAAUGUUGUUCAGUCAAACCGGAGCACUGACCAAGGACAUUUUGAUUAAUUCUAUCACUUUUUGGAGCUAUUUGACCAAUUCAAAAUUGAUUUAAAAAAAGAGUCAAAGAGCACACACAAACCAGCAUUUACCAGACAAAGAUCAGCAUCAAACUUCAUGCGGACGUGAGAAGUGAUGAGGACAGUUUGGACAAGAUACCCAUGACAUAGUUGGAAUAAUAGACCCACGAUUCUGUUUUUUUAUGGAACCACUUAAUGCCAAUCUAUGACAGUUGGGGAAGUUGUUUUCAAACGUUUAAUUCUCAACUGGGAGAGAAGGCCUAUCAAAACAAACAUUUUCUGACGUGUUAGUCAAAGGAUCCUUAGGGAAUCUUAUUUCCAUCUUGCAGACGGGACUCCUGUCGAUUAUGGCGAACACCUUGUUCAUCUGUUUCCCACUGGUUCUCCUGGCGGGACAUCUCCUCGUGGUUACCGGACAAGCCACCCGAACACCGGUUUCGCAAGACCCGCGCCCAGACGUCCAUCCGUCCGCCACCCAGAAACCAGUAUUCUCUGGUAGAGGGGACGGGUUCAACGCCAAUGUCUCCACUGCUCGGCGCAUGCGACCUUUGCCACCGAUGUGCUCGGGACCCACGGAGAUCAGAGACACAUUUAAGUACAUCAACACGGUAGUAUCAUGUCUCGUGUUUGUUGUCGGUAUUAUCGGGAACUCCACGCUCCUCAGAAUCAUUUACCGGAACAAGUGCAUGCGCAACGGGCCCAAUAUUCUCAUCGGGAGCCUGGCGCUGGGAGACCUGCUGCACAUUGUGAUUGAUAUUCCCAUUAACGUGUACAAGCUCCUAGCGGAGGACUGGCCGUUUGGUGUGGGUCUGUGCAAACUGGUGCCUUUUGUCCAGAAAGCUUCAGUGGGCAUUACUGUGCUGAGCCUGUGUGCUCUGAGCAUCGACAGGUACCGAGCAGUAGCGUCGUGGAACCGUAUCAAGGGGAUCGGUGUUCCCAAGUGGACGGCUAUAGAGAUCGCACUCAUCUGGCUGCUGUCUAUCCUGCUGGCUGUCCCUGAAGCUAUAGCCUUCGACAUGAUCGCCAUGGACUACAAAGGAGAGCACCUCCGCAUUUGUCUGCUACACCCCAUGCAGAAUUCAGACUUUAUGAGGUUCUAUAAGUCCGCUAAGGACUGGUGGCUGUUCAGUGUGUAUUUCUGCCUCCCUCUGGCCGUCACCGCCGUCUUCUACACCCUGAUGACUUGUGAGAUGCUGAGGAAGAAGAACGGAGUCCAGAUCGCCCUGAGUGACCAUCUCAAACAGAGGCGUGAGGUGGCUAAGACCGUGUUCUGCCUGGUGCUGGUGUUUGCUCUGUGCUGGUUGCCUCUCCAUCUCAGCCGCAUCCUCAAGCUCACCAUCUAUGAUGAGAAAGACCCUAACCGCUGUGAACUGCUCAGUUUCUUCCUGGUUCUGGACUACAUCGGGAUCAACAUGGCGUCUCUUAACUCCUGCAUCAACCCCAUCGCUCUCUACAUGGUCAGCAAGCGUUUCAAGAUCUGCUUCAGGUCAUGUCUGUGUUGCUGGUGUCUGCCAGCUGAGAUGUUGAUGGAUGAGAAACAGUCCUGUAUGAAGCUCAAAGUCUCAGACCGGGCCUCCGACCAGAGCAACUCACGCGCUACUAACAAGGACACUUCAGCAUGAGAGGGGCCCUGCGCAGUGCAGAGAAGUACUCAAUGAAGUAACCUAUGAUCUACCUUAAAGGACUAAUUGAAGAUCAGUCAUAUAAACCUGAUUCUGACUUAAACCAUUAUGACAAGGUCAUAAGAAGUGCCCUUAUUUAGGUAUAGUUGAUGUAGUUUAAAACCACUUGGAGAAAAGAAGUGCCCUAAUCCAGUAAAGUCUCCUCUGACUGGAGGGUGAAGUACUCAAGUGCACUUUGAGUGUUGCCUAUGAAAGUGAAUGGUCUGGGAUGUGUAGCUGGGAGAGGGUUGAUGGGAAGGAGGAUCAUUCGGGGAAGGAGGAGUGGAUGGAAGUUUAGUGCAAACAAUCAAAUAUCACUAUUAUUGAUGAAUGGCACAACAUCGGGUGGUCAUAUUAUUGAGAAAUGACAUUGCCGGGUGUGGCUGUUCCUGAUUAGAACCUCUAUAUGAAUGUUCAUAAGAUACAUGACAUAAGCCAAACCCAAAGAGGCAUCAUAGUGCAAAUGCCUGAAUUGAGACAUACGGAACAUUAUAUGAACAUUUUAAGUAGGUUGUAUAAACGUUGUUAAUUAUACAGUAUAAUAUCUGAACAUAUCCCAUUUACUGCUCAGAAUUCAAGGACUUUAGACUUAAUUCAUUUUUAUACAUUUGUUAAAUUGCUUUUACACUGUUUGAUAUUGUUACCAGUGGAGGCUGCUGAGGGGAGGACGGCUCAUAAUAAUGUCUGGAACGGAGUAAAUGGAAUGGUAUCAAACACCUGGAAACAUUGUGUCUGAUGUAUUGUUGGAAUGGUAUCAAACACCUGGAAACCUUGUGUCUGAUGUAUUGAUGGAAUGGUAUCAAACACCUGGAAACCUUGUGUCUGAUGUAUUGAUGGAAUGGUAUCAAACACCUGGAAACCUUCUGUCUGAUGUAUUGUUGGAAUGGUAUCAAACACCUGGAAACCUUCUGUCUGAUGUAUUGAUGGAAUGGUAUCAAACACCUGGAAACCUUGUGUCUGAUGUAUUGAUGGAAUGGUAUCAAACACCUGGAAACCUUGUGUCUGAUGUAUUGAUGGAAUGGUAUCAAACAC